AUGGCUCCCAACAUCAGCGUCGGCGCUCGCGCCGUCAAGUCAGAGGUCGAGGUCGCCCAGGCCGAGGCCCCCAGGUUCGAGCAUGUCGAGUGGACCAAGGAGCCUCACCUGCGCAAGCUCUACGCCUGCACCGUCGUCCUCAUGGUGGCCUCGGCCACGACGGGCUACGACGGCAUGCUGGUCAACACGUCGCAGCAGAUGGACAACUGGAAGAUCUUCUUCAAGGAGGCCGUGGACGACGACAACAAGCUCGGCGUGCUCAUCAACAUGUUCAACAUCGGCUCCAUCAUCUCCUUCUUCAUCACGCCCUACGUGGCCGACACGUACGGCCGCCGCAUCGCCAUCAUCACCGGCUGCCUGCUCAUGUGCCUGGGCGGCUGCCUGACGGCCUUUACGCCAAACUUUGGCAUGUACCUGGGCGGCCGCUUCGUGCUCGGGUUCGGCAACUCGCUCGCGCAAAUGGCGUCGCCGCUCCUGCUCACCGAGAUCUGCCACCCGCAGCACCGCGGGCCCGUCACGGCCAUCUACAACUGCCUGUGGAACCUGGGCGCGCUCAUCGUGUCGUGCAUCGGCUGGGGCACCUCGCACGUGGCCGGCGAGUGGUCGUGGCGCUCCAUCACCUUUAUCCAGAUCGUGCCGUCGGUGAUCCAGCUGGCCGGCAUCUGGUGGAUCCCCGAGUCGCCGCGCUUCCUGGUGAACAAGGACCGCAACGAGGAGGCGCUGGCCAUCCUGGCCAAGUGGCACGCCGGCGGCGACGUCAACAACGCCACGGUGCAGUUCGAGUACCGCGAGAUCCGCGACGUCAUCCAGACGGAGCGCGACGCCGACAGGGCCACGAGCUACCUCGACUUCUUCCGCACCAAGGGCAACCGCUGGCGCCUGGCCAUCAUCGUAUCGCUCGGUAUCAUCUCGCAGUACUCGGGCAACGCGCUCUUCUCCAACUACAUGGACACCAUCUACGAGGGCGCCGGCAUCAAGGACCAGAACCAGAAGCUGGGCAUCUCGACGGGCAAGACCAUCUUGGAUCUGUCCGUCACCAUCAUCGCCGCCAUGCAGGUCGACCGCUUCGGCCGCCGGCCGCUGUUCCUGACCUCCGUCUUCGGCAUGGUGGCGUCGUUUGUCUUCUGGACCAUCACGGGCGCCAUAUACGGCAACUCGGGCGGCACCAACGAGGCCUCGGGCUACGCGCAGCUGGUCUUCAUCUGGAUGUUUGGCAUCUUUUACGACAUUGGCUUCUCGGGCCUGCUGGUCGCCUACGCGCUCGAGGUGCUGCCCUUCCACCUGCGGGCCAAGGGCAUGAUGAUUAUGAACAUUACGGUGCAGGCCAUCCUGGCUCUUGGAAACCAAACCAACCGCAUGGCCUGGAACAACCUCCCCGAGCACUGGCACUUUAUGCUCUUCUACACCCUCUGGGACACGGUCGAGCUCAUCUUUGUGUGGUUCUUCUACGUCGAGACCAAGGGCCCGACCCUGGAGGAGAUUGCCAAGAUCUUUGACGGCGACUCGGCCAUCCCGCACACAGACAUGCACCAGAUCGAGAAGGAGAUCAACGCGGCCGAGCACGAGGACGACCUUGUGAGGAAGACGGCCGUUACGGAGAAGACGGCCGUGUAG